AUGGUUUGGUGUGGACAUGUCAACACCAACACCUCUACUGAUUUUGCUGGGCAAGCUAAAACUCGUGAUGAAUUUGAAAAAGCAAUGCAACAAACUGUUAAUCAAACAGAUAAAUUUCAUAAUCUGGACGGUGUUAUUUCACCAAAGAAUACACUGAAAAGUUUACUUUUUACAAUCGAAGGUAAAAGAGAAUUCAAACGAUGUGAACGUGAAACACAAGCAUAA